UCCUUCUACAGCGUCUCUGAUGUGAUGAGGCUACUUCACAGAGUCCACACCACAUUCACUCAGCCGCUAUACCCUGGAUUCUGGAUACGGAGCUAUGAUUCACAUAUUUCUUUGUGUGAUCCAAAAUAAAGCGAGACUCCAAGAAAAUGGCUGAGGCUGGUAUGUCGACAGACCAGGAUCGGUUCAGCUGUCCAGUGUGUCUGGAACUCCUAAAGGAUCCAGUGACUACUCCCUGUGGCCACAAUUUCUGUAAGAUGUGUAUUAAUUGCCGCUGGGAUAAAGAAGAUCAGAAGGGCAUCUACAGCUGCCCUCAGUGUAGAGAGACUUUCACUCCAAGGCCUGUUCUACGCAGGAACAACAUGCUGGCUGAAGUGGUGGAGCUGAAGAAGACUGAACUUCAAGCUGUUUCUCCUGCUCGCUGUUACGCUAGACCUGAUGUGGAGUGUGAUUCCUGCACCGGGAGAAAACGCAAAGCUCUCAGGACAUGUCUGGUGUGUUUGGCCUCCUAUUGUGAAGAUCAUCUUCAACCUCACUAUCAGUCUCCUGCCUUCAAGAAGCACAAGUUAGUUGAAGCCUGUGCAGAGCUCCAGGAGAAGAUCUGCUCUGAACAUGACAAACUACUGGGGAUCUACUGUCAUACUGACCAAAGCUUCAUCUGUUACUUGUGUACAUUAGAAGAACACAAAGGUCACAAUACUGUCUCAACUGAAGCAGAAAGAACUGAAAAACAGAAUGAGCUAAAGAAGGAGCAGAUGAAAUCCCAGCAGAGGAUCCAGGAAAAGCAAAAGAAGGUGCAGGAGCUGAAACAGACUGUAGACAUCAUUAAGAGGUGUUCACAGGAAGCAGCAUUUGACAGUGAGAGGAUUUUCAAUGAGCUGAUCAGCUACAUGGAGAAAAAGCGCUUAGAGGUGAUGGAGCUGAUCAGAGCUCAGGAGAAAGCUGAAGUGAGUCGAGCUGAACAACUCCUGAAUCAACUGGAGCAGGAGAUUGCUGAUCUUAAUAGGAAAGUCACUGAGAUGGAGCAGCUUUCACACACACACAAUGACAUCCACUUCCUCCAGAGUUUCCCGUCUCUCUGUGUUUCUCCUGGAUGUGACGACUCACUCAGCUUCACUGUCAAUCAACAUCUCUCAUUUGAUGGAGUGAGGAAAACUCUCUCAGAUCUGAAAAAACAAGUCGAGCAAAUCUGUGAGGAGAAAGUCAACAAAGUCUGUCUAGAAGCUGCAACAAUCCAGAUGAUUUUACCCUCAGAACUAAAGAGCAGAGAAGAUUUUUUGCAGUAUUUCUGUUAUCUGACUCUGGAUCCAAACACAGCACAUCGUCAGCUAAUUCUGUCUGAGAAGUACAGAGUGGUGAGACGGAGUAAGACAGAACAACAAUACCUUGAUCAUCCAGGGAGAUUUGACAUCUGGACUCAGGUGUUGUGUAAGGAGAGUGUGUGUGGACGCUGUUACUGGGAGGUGGAGUGGAGCGAUGUUGUGUCCAUAUCAGUCUCAUAUAAAGAGAUCAGCAGGAAAGGAAAGGGUGAUGAGUGUGGGUUUGGACACAACAGUCAGUCCUGGAGUCUGGGGUGUUUUUCCUCUUCCGUCUUUUUCUGGCACAACAACAUUGAGACUGAGCUCCAAGGUCCAUCAUCCUCCAGAAUAGGAGUGUAUGUGGAUCACAGUGCAGGAACUCUGUCCUUCUACAACGUCUCUGACACCAUGAGGCUCCUCCACAGAGUCCACACCACAUUCACUCAGCCUCUAUAUGCUGGCUUCUAUUUAUUUAGUUUUAAUUCACCUACAAGGUUAUGUGAUCCAAAAUGAAAUAUGAUAAUAAAAAGUUUGUGUCAGAUUUAA